GGUACGUCCUCCUUCACUGCCUCCAUCUUUCUCCUCCUCCUCCUCCAGGUUCUCUCUCUCUCUCUCUCUCUCUCUCUCUCUUCUGUGCGUGUUCUGUUCCAGUUUUUCUGGAAUCAUUCUUGAUCCUGUGAUGGUAGUUUUUCGAGUGUGGUCUGAGGAGGAGAACUAGGAGGUGUUGCCAUUGCAGAUGCUUAAAAGCAGUCAGCCAUGGAAGCAGCAGGGAUCCAUCACCCACCUCCUCACCUCCAUCUGGCAAGUACAAAGAAAACCAUAGCAUUUGUUUCCUGUUGACUACCAAGUUGGGAUCAUUGUUGCCAGAAGAGUAAGAGUUGUGGUCAUCAAGAUUAGCGAGAGAUUGUUAAAAAUAAUCUUUAUCUAGUUAUUAGAUUCUAUGUCAAAGCUGCUACUAAUUGCACGUUUGUUAGUAGCACAAUGAAGUGCACAAUGAAGUCCGGUAUUUCGUACUAGUUGUAGGUGAGUAGAUUCAUGCUAGUAACAAUGAUAAAAGUAGCAGUGUACAAGUAGCAAGUUCAGCAUGGUUCUGAGUCCGAGAGGUUUGAUACUCUGUCUGAUCCAUAUUAUUUGUCGCUGUACAAUAUGAAUCAGAGGAAGUAUUUCUUUUUCAAAAAGGGAAAUACGCCCCUUUUAAUAAAAUUGGUCAUAGCAGAGGAUACUUAGUGCCACUAGGAAAUACAUUGGUCAUAGCAGAGGUUUUACUGUACCACGUAGGGUGGGGAUUCAAGAUACACUAAUGACGGAACAGUUGAUGUUAACGGACAACCUGCUGUUAAGGCGAGCACAGGGAACUGGAGAGCAUGCUUCUUCGUCUUAGGUAUCCAAUUCAGUGAAUGCUUGGCCUUCUUCGCGAUCUCCAAAAACUUGGUCACCUACCUUACCAGCGUGCUCCAUGAAAGCAAUAUCGACGCGGCCAGAAAUGUGUCGACUUGGUUUGGCACCACAUUCUUUACGCCGCUUAUCAGAGCUUUCUUGGCCGACACGUAUUGGGGGAGUACAAGACAUUAGUGGUUUUCCUCUCAGUCUACAUCGUCGUAAGUGAAACAUAUGUUGUUGAUGUGAACCAAUAGACACAGAGGUCCGAGGAAGCACCGCCUUUUUUUGAAAGAAAUUAUGUUGUGAGCAUUCAUAAACAACUUCCAUGUGUUUUUUUUUUUUGCUACGGGAUGCUUCUGCUGACGGUUUCAACGACACUCCCAUGGAUGAUGCAAUCAUCCAACCACGGUGAGAUUCACCGUAUCACCGUCUAUGUUGGACUGUAUCUUACAGCCCUUGGCAACGGUGGCAUCAAGCCCUGCACCUCCCCUUUUGGCGCUGACCAGUUUGACAUCACGGACACGAUGGAGCGGGUGAAGAAGGGCUCAUUCUUCAAUUGGUUCUACUUCUUGAACACUAUUGGCUCCCUUUUGUCGACCACUGUGAUCAUCUGGGUGCAAGACAAUGUUGGGUGGGGAUCGGCUUUGCGAUCCCCAUGAUCCUCACGAGUCUUAGUUUCAUGGUGUUCAUCGCAAGUAGGAGGAUGUACAGAUACAAGUCAAAAGGAGAAAGUCCCAUGACAACAGCUUCCCAGGUUGUUGUUGCAGCUGCAAGAAAUCGCCAUCUGAAGUUGCCUGAGGAUUGCACAACCUUGCAUUACCCGCCUUCAUCACCAUCGGAGGCUACAUUCAGUGUUCAGCAUACCACUCAGUUCAGAUUUUUGGACAAGGCUGCCAUUGUAUCACCAUCGACACAGGAGAAGAAAGGUGUGGCGACGAGCCCAUGGAGGCUAUGCACACUCUCUCAUGUUGAAGAGGUGAAGAUGCUGCUACGUCUGUGCCCUGCAUGGGCGUCUUUGCUGGUCUUCUUCAUGAUCACGGCACAGAUGUCGUCGACGGUGAUUGAGCAGGGUAUGGCAAUGGACAACCGCGUGGGGUCAUUCGCCGUGCCACCGGCCUCCCUCGCCAGCUUCAAUGUGGUUACCACACUUGUAUUGAUCCCCAUAUAUGAAGUCGUGCUAGUGCCCCUGGCUCGGCGCGCCACUGGCGAGGACCGAGGUCUCACACAACCGCAGCGCCUUGGCGUCGGUCUCACGUUGUUGUGACGUCCGGGUAAUUAAGCUACAGUGAUCCUCUGCUAAUG